AUGAGUAUGACAGAACCUACCCGUAGCAACGCAUUACUUACUCCGAACGAUGAAACGUCUGCGGAGAACACAAACGAUAGCUUGAUCCAGAUGUCCUCUAUCGAUCAGCCGGAAGAACACGCAAGCGAUCACAUCGAAAUGCGUUCGAUUGACAUUCUCGAGGAUGGUGCGAACAGUUUGACGGAGGUGGACGGUAGACGCAAGACACGCGCGAGCCAGACACAAUCGUACGACAUACACAAGGGAAUCGCUGCCAGUGCCAUGGACAUUUCGCUGCUGACUGCAAACGCUAACCAGCUGCGUUUGCUACUAACGUACAACGAGAAGUCGCACACGUUCGUUGCCUGCAUAGCGUUGGUCAUUACCUCGCUUGUGUUGCAGAUUUUUGUGGCCAGCGGUGUUAUCAUUGUGAAGAGCUACCCAUCAUCCAAGCCGAACCAUCGUAUUUAUCAGCUCAAAGUGUGCACCUCCAUCAUGGUGUCCAUCAUAACGGUGAUAAACAUCUUAGUGGCUUCGUUAGUUAUCACCGAUAAAUAG